CCCCACCCCUGAGCCAGGCAUCUCGGAGAAAGGCUGUGCCUGCACAGCCCGUGUGACAGCAGGAGGGAGAGGGAGCCGUGCCUGGGGCUGGGGACAGCCGGGGAAGAGCCUGCAUCCUUCUGGAAGCUGGGGAGAGCCUGGGAAUAACCCACAUCCCCCUGGAAGCUGGGGAGAGCUGCCUGGGAAUAACCCACAUCCCCCUGGAAGCUGGGGAGAGCCUGGGAAUAACCCACAUCCCCCUGGAAGCUGAGGAGAGCCUGGGAAUAACCCACAUCCCUCUGGAAGCUGGGGAGAGCUGCCUGGGAAUAACCCACAUCCCUCUGGAAGCUGGGGACAGCCUGGGAAUAACCCACAUCCCUCUGGAAGCUGGGGAGAGCUGCCUGGGAAUAACCCACAUCCCUCUGGAAGCUGGGGAGAGCUGCCUGGGAAGAGCCCGCAUCCCCCCGGCAGCAGCUCCUUCCCCCGGCGGCUCCUCGGGUGCUCGGCAGCGCAAGGAGGGCGGGAUGGGAUGAGAAACACCCCCGGCAAGCCCCGAGCCUUGUGAUGAAAACAAGCGGCUGUGCAGCUGACCAAAAUGCAGCAGCAGGGGACAAAUAACCUGCGAGGAAAAUCAGCGGGAGCCCAAGGCAGGCUGCAGAAUUCCCCGGCUCCGGAAUCAAUCCCGUUUGCGGGGGCUGCGGAUUUGCCUCUCAGCCGGCGGAGAGCCUGAGUUGGUUAUUUUGUGUGUGUGUGUGUGUGUGCUGGUUCUGCUGGGAACCUUCUGGGCACCCUGGCUCGCAGAGAUUCCUGCAGGAGUUUGGCAGGAGCCGGCGGCCUCUGCGCUGAGGCUGGCGAAGGGAAGGAGGAAUGAGCGGAGCCGGGACCCUGCGGAUGCUGUGAGGCCACAGGUUCAAGUGGGAUCAUGGGAGGGAAGCAGGUCAAAUGCCUGACUUCACCCAGCCCUGUCCACAGUGCAAAGAGUGAAUCCACCGUAGCCCCCUCGGAGGAGAAGGAGAGACUUGUGAUCCUCCAAACUGAAGAAACAGAGACUAAACCAGAAGAGGCCGAUGCUCACUUCCAGCCUGAGUGGCAGGCAGGGAGCUCCGCGUCCUACCUGGAGAACUCAUGGGAGGAGCAGCUCCUGGAACAGCAGGACCACCUGGAAAAGGAAAUGGAGGAGGCCAAAAAGAUGAUUUCGGGUUUGCAGGCUUUGUUGCUCAAUGGGUCUUUACCUGAGGAUGAGCAGGAAGGGUCCUUUGAACUUUCUGAGCGUGGAGCCUGCCCUGAGGAGCAGCUGAUCAUCAUCCGAAGCCGUCUGGACCAGAGUGUGGAAGAAAAUCAAGAUCUGAAGAAGGAGCUGCUGAAAUACAAACAAGAAGCUCGGAACCUCCAGGGAAUAAAGGACGCUCUGCAGCAGAGGCUGAUCCAGCAGGACGCCUCAGUCCUGCAGCUCAAGCAGGAGCUGCUGAGAGCCAGCAUGGACAAGGAGGAGCUGCACAACCAGAAUGUUGACCUCCAGAGGAAGGUUGAAGAGAGGAACCGGCUCCUGGCGGAAUACAAAAAGGAGCUGUGCCAGAAGGAUCGGCACUUGCAGCAGCACCAGACCAAGCUGGAUGAGAUGCUCAGGCAGCUUUCCGAGGCCAGCUACCAGCAGGUGGAUUUGGAGCGGGAGCUGGAGCACAAGGAGGCGUUGCUGGCUCACUGCAUGAAGAGAGAGGCUGAGGAGGUGAUGGCUUACAGCAGUCACAGUGCCCAGAGCAAUGGCUUUCUCCAGCCAGCAGGAAAAGGAGCUGCUCCCACAGCCCACCGAGGGACCAAUGACCUGCAGCUGGUCCGGGACGCCCUGCGCAGCCUCAGGAACAGCUUCAGUGGCCACGACCCGCAGCACCACACCAUCGACAGCCUGGAGCAGGGCAUCUCCAGCCUCAUGGAGCGCCUGCACCGCAUGGAGACACAGAAGAGGCAGGAGAGGAGGGUCCGGGGGAAAUCUCCAGCGAGCAGAGCAACCAACGAGUGCAGAGACUCCUGGCCUCCCAAAUCCAAGCUGCCUCACUCUCAGAGCACGCCUGUGAUGAGCACCAGUGCCUGCACCAAAGUGUUGUACUUCACCGACCGCUCCCUCACCCCCUUCAUGGUCAGCAUACCAAAGAGGUUAGGGGAAGUGACUCUGAAGGAUUUCAAGGCAGCCAUCGAUCGGGAAGGAACCCAUCGGUACCACUUCAAAGCCCUGGACCCAGAGUUUGGCACAGUGAAGGAGGAGGUAUUCCAUGAUGAUGACAUCAUCCCUGGCUGGGAGGGGAAAAUCGUGGCCUGGGUGGAAGAAGACCACGGGGAGAAUUAAUGGAGCUUUCAAGCCGUGUUUCUAUGGAAACCUGUGACUGUGGAGCUCAGAGAGUGACCAAGGAGCCCAAGCGCUGGGAGGAGGCCAAUUCAAGCUGCCAGAAAAGAGCCUCUGUGCAAGGCACGGGUGGUGAGGCCGUGUGCAUGGACAGCUGGCACCCAACUGCCCGUGCCCGAGGGCAGCUGCUGUCCUGAGGCUGCAGGGACACAAACGCCCGGCUUGGCCCUGCCAGCAAAACCCUGGAGGCCUUAAGGAUGCUUUCUCCUCCAUCCCUGCACUGUGUGCUGCAGGCUCAGCCGGGCAUCUCCUGUGCUGGUGUCACAGGAAGCUGCACAGAUGGUGAAAAUGUGAAGCUUUGCCUUCGUGGAGAAGUUGCUGGAUUGCGAGGGCUGAAGGUUGGAGCGGCUGCUGUCCUGCAGGAGCAGAGUGACUCUGUGGACAUUGCAGGCUCACAGGACCUGUUCCAAGGGGAAGAGUCCUCUGGAGGGUUGAGACAUGCUCUGAAGCAAAGCUCACCAACCUGGCCAAGCUCCUUUCUCCCAAACUCAGGCUCGCAUUUCCCAGCCCUGCUUUCCCCACUUGCUCUCCAAAGCUGUUCCCAUUCCCGAGGCCCUCUGGGUUUGCUCUGCAGCUGCAGGGACUGUGGGAUCUUGGUGCUUGUUUGUUUGCUGAAGGAUUCCAUGGGUGGGGGAGCUGGAAUCAGCUGAGCUCUUUCCAGCCCCUGUCCUUGCUGAGCCUCUGUCCUCGCACUCCUGCCCUCUCUGCUGUCACCUCCUGCGCACAGGCACUGCCAGGGCCACCAAGCACUUACCCACAACACUUCCUUGCUGUGCUGAGUCCUGAGGAUCAGGAAAGAACUGCUGGGGAAAGAACAAACCCUAAAAUCCCCCAAGGGUGGAUUUUUCCCUUUGGUUUUGUGGUUUUGUUUCUCUACAUCGCCUGUGGGCUUGGGAGGUCGGAUGGGCUCUGCUCCUUCCCAGCUCCUGUGGGCCUUCCAUGGACUGUCUUUGUGUGCUGUGCAUGAGGCUGGGAGAGGGGGAAACCUGGUUUUACUGUUUUAUAUUAACAUGUCGUUUUGUAAACAUGUUCUUGAAAUUAUUUUGUACCGAUUCACAUUUGUCUGAGGACUGUGGAUAUUUUUAUACUAGUGCAAGUGCUCUCUGUAUAUUUCUGCACGCAUUAUACUGUGUUUUACUCCUUUCCUGGUGGAUGCUGAGAUGUUUUGUAUCGUCUUCUGUUAACACAACACUGGCCUUGUAAUUUUAUUUUACUAUGGAAAUCUGAUUGCUUGAUGCUGGGUUUUAUAUCAAGGCUCUUACGUGGUUUUGUGCCACAUUGGCACAACACAAGCUGCCUCCUGUUCUGGACAAUUUGUGUGACUUUCUACUUACAGACAGUGGGAGGAAAGUUCAUCAGUGAACAAGUUAAUUAAUGGGGGAAAUACACCCCUUUUGGAAAAGAAACAAAGAUUUUCUUUCUCCCCUGGACAUAGUUUCUCUGUUGCAUGGUCUCUAGCGAAGAGGGCAUGGGCUUGUGAUACUGACAUCGAUUGUAUUCAAAUUGCAAACUUGUCACAAGUGUUUCAUUCCUCGGGUUUUACUCAUCAGUUUUAUUUCAGCAACAGCCCCACACCCGGGCUGAGUUUCAUGGAGAAAAUUACGAAACUUUUCAAGGUCUGCUGUUGCCCCACUUCACGUCCUUCUCUGCUAUUCAGAGGAGCAGUUUGGUUUGGCUUCUCCCUCAUAAAAGCAAAAGGAAAAAUGAGUUUUAAAUGAGUUUUAA